GCGUCCGCCGGAGCCGUAGCUGACGCCGCCUUGGCACCCCUCCUGGAGUUACAAACUAAGGCCGGGGGCCCGCGGCGCUCGGCGCGCAGGCCGCCCCGCUCCCUGCGUCCGUUUCCGCGUGCUCUCAAAGACGACAGAGGCACUGGGUUGGGCUUUAUCUGUUUCCUCCGCUUCCCCGGUGUUUCUUUCUUUUUAAAAUAAUAAUUAUUAUCUCAAUAAUUAAAGCCCAUCCCCCUCCCCUCCCCCCAAUCCCUUCCCCCCAACCCUCCCCCCUUGCCCACCAGGGCUGGGGAGCGCCACGAAUUGACCAAGUGAAGCUACAACUUUGCGACAUAAAUCUCGGGGUCUCGAACCAUGUCGCUGACCAACACAAAGACGGGGUUUUCAGUCAAGGACAUCUUAGACCUGCCGGACACCAACGAUGAGGAGGGCUCGGUGGCCGAAGGGCCGGAGGAAGAGAGCGAGGGGCCCGAGCCGGCCAAGAGGGCCGGGCCGCUGGGGCAGGGCCCCCUGGACGCGGUGCAGAGCCUACCCCUGAAGAACCCCUUCUACGACAGCAGCGACAACCCGUACACGCGCUGGCUGGCCAGCACGGAGGGCCUCCAGUACUCCCUGCACGGGCUGGCAGCCGGCGCGCCCCCCCAGGACUCAAGCUCCAAGUCCCCAGAGCCCUCGGCCGACGAGUCACCGGACAAUGACAAGGAAACACCCGGCAGCGGGGGGGACGCAGGCAAGAAGCGGAAGCGGCGGGUGCUCUUCUCCAAGGCGCAAACCUACGAGCUGGAGCGGCGCUUCCGGCAGCAGCGGUACCUGUCGGCGCCGGAGCGGGAGCACCUGGCCAGCCUCAUUCGCCUUACGCCCACGCAGGUGAAGAUCUGGUUUCAGAACCACCGCUACAAGAUGAAACGCGCCCGGGCCGAGAAAGGUAUGGAGGUGACGCCCUUGCCCUCCCCGCGCCGGGUGGCCGUGCCCGUCUUGGUCAGGGACGGCAAACCGUGCCACGCGCUCAAAGCCCAGGACCUGGCAGCCGCCACCUUCCAGGCGGGCAUCCCCUUUUCGGCCUACAGCGCGCAGUCACUGCAGCACAUGCAGUACAACGCCCAGUACAGCUCGGCCAGCACCCCCCAGUACCCGACAGCACACCCCCUGGUCCAGGCCCAGCAGUGGACUUGGUGAGCGCCGCCCCUCCGAGACUUGCGGCCCCAGGCCCAGGCCCCACCCCGGCGGCGGCGGCGGCGGCGGCGGCGAGGAGGCCUCGGUCCUUGCGGUGGUUAUUAUUAUUAUUAUAAUUAUUAUUAUGGAGUCGAGUUGACUCUCGGCUCCAUUGAGGAGGCGCCGGGAGGUUGCCUGCGUCUCCUUGGAGUGGCAGAUUCCAUCCACCCGGCUCUGCCCCCGUCCCUCUCUCCUUUUGAACCUUUGGAGAGGGCUGAACUCUAAGCCGUGUUUACAGAAUGUUUGCUCAGCUUCGCUUCUUUGCCUCUCCCCGGGGGGACCAAACCGUCCCAGCGUUAAUGUCGUCACUUGAAAACGAGAAAAAGACCAAUCCCCCAUCCCGCUUUCGUGAAUUUUGUAAAAUAUGUUUGUGUGAGUAGCGAUAUCGUCAGCCGUCUUCUUCUAAAGCAAGUGGAGAACACUUUAAAAAUAUAGAGGAUUUCUUCCUUUUUUAAAAUAAGAAAAUGCUAAAUAUUUAUGGCCAUGUAAACGUUCUGACAACUGGUGGCAGAUUUCGCUUUUCGUUGUAAAUAUCGGUGGUGAUUAUUGCCAAAAUGACCUUCAGGACCGGCCUGUUCCCCCUCGGGGCCCAACUCCUUUCUUUGUGGUUUGGUUCGGUUUGGUUCGGUUUUGUUUGGGUUACCCCUGCUUUCGUUUUUUUUUUUUUUCUUUUUAUUUUGUUCAGUGCAAACAUUUCUCAAAUAUGAAAAAGGAAAACCUGAGUAGGCAGGAACCCCCUGCCCUGUCCUCCGGGUCCUGAGCCCGGGAACUUGGAGCUCAGCGGUUCCGCGCAGUUCCUCAAGAGCGCCGGGCGCUGAAAGCUUUCGAUUUUUUAAAUAAGAAUUUUAAUAAAAAUCCUGUGUUUAAAAAA